AUGGCCUUGCUCUCCACGUUGGUGCAGCUGCUAGCACCGCUAUCCAUUGUUUUCAUUUGCAUCUCUCUCGGUAGAGCACUCUUUCGCCCUGCACAAUCCACCCUGUGGUCGCAGCCCGUAGUUGGGCUCCGGAAGCAGUGGGCUGCGUGGCUGCGAGCAACACUGCGGUCGUCCUACAACAUCAAGCAGCUGGUAUUCGAAGGCUAUACUAAGUAUGGUAGCGCCGGUUCUGCUUUCGUUGUUCCUAGCAUCGAUCGCGGUCCAAUUAUGCUAAUUCCGCCGCGCGAGGUCAAGAGAAUCUACACUCUUCCUGAAAGCGCCCUGGAUGUGCGCGCUACGCAGCAAGAAACGAACCAGACAAGAUGGGUAACAUGGGACAAGAAACCAGCCGAGGACAGCUUUGUCUUCGAUGUCAUCCGCCAGCAGGUCACGCGAAACUUGAAGCAUCUUACUCCAGUUAUCGGCAGCGAGAUCCAGCUCGGCUUUGAGCGGUGCUGGGGCGCCGAGACGGAGUGGAAAGAGAUCAAGAUAUGGGAUACCUGCUGGCAGAUUGUCACAGGGGCUGUGAAUAGUGCGCUUUGCGGCAUGCCUCUCUGCCGCGACCCGGAAUUCUUGAAAGGAUGUCAAGAUCACUCCUUGGUUAUCAUGGCUGGGGCGAUGGCCAUCAAUGCCUCCCACAGCCUGCUGCAGCCCAUCACGGGGGGUUUAAUCUGGUUGACGUGCAAUGUCUUCUUCAAAAGGACCUUGAAGAAGUGCAUGCCCGUGGUGAAGGAAAGACUGGAGAAGACAGCAAAGUUGAAGACCGACCCUACCUAUGACUGGACGCCGCCUAAAGACGCGAUUCAAUGGAUCAUCGAUGAGUGCUAUGACACUGGUAAUCUCGCACGCCUGGACCCCAAAAGCAUCUGUUUCCGCCUACUGCUUCUUAACGAUGUCUCGAUCCCUUCGACCUCGUUUUCAGUGCAGAGCUUCAUUGUAGAUCUCUUCACGGCUGAUCCCACGCGUGGAUUCGUCGAGGCGUUGCGCAAGGAAAGCGAAGCAGCGUUUGAAGAGUCCGGGGGAAUAUGGACGGUUGAUGCGGUGAAGAAGUUGAAACUUGUGGAAUCCGCGAUUCGAGAGUCGAUGCGGCUUUCGCCUCUAGGCAGCAUUGCUUUGCCUCGAACAGUAAUAUCAGCUCCCCCAGUCCCUCCCUUUCCCCUUUGUUACAGGCGGGCUCCGGGAGCUCAUGCACGGCAUAUCUGA